AUGGGAAGUUUGUUCAGGAGAAAAAACUUUUCCCUUGACACAAAACCAGAAAGGUGUGGUGCCCAACAACACAGAGUGCCAUGGAGCUGCUUGAUAAGGGCCAGCUCGCGUCGCAAAGCCACAUAAUCAUAUACACCGGAAGCAACGACCUGCGUGCUCAGCAGGAGAGGGUGGCGACUUCACUACCGGGAGUGAUUGAGAAGGCCUCCGCAAUCUUCCCCAACUCAAGGAUCGUGGUGUCAACCCUUCUACAGAGGAAGGACUUCCACCCUGCCACAAUCCAAAGAAUAAAUGCCAUCCUCUCCCGGGACUGUGCCCUGCGACCCAAUGUACACCUGGCCCACCAUCCCACCCUCGAUCUGAACUGUCUCUAUGACCAUGUUCACCUGUACAGGGAGACAGUCCCCAUCCUUGCCAAGACUCUCAAGGACAUCGCUUUAAACCGCAGCCCAACCUCUCCACCCAGGAACAGUGGAGCAAUCUCCUCCCCCCCGAGAUCACCAAGACAACACCCCGGACCAGCACCCUGAAACCGCCGGCCACCGCCACAGCACCACCAACCUCAAUGCCUACCACAGCCAGCGCAGCACAGACCACCCCAGCCCAGCUUCAGACCCACCCAGAUGA